AUGCAUCAAAGCACCAAGGUCAUCUGUGCCCUGGCGGCGGCGGCGGCGGCAGCGGCGCUCCAAGUAGCAGGAGCCCUGAGAGGUCAGUUUGUGACCCAUCUUGACGCCCCGAUCCAGGUGACUUUGGCCCACCAGAACCUCUCCCUGGUUUGUAAGGUCACCUACCAGAACACCCCAACCUUCAAGAACUACAGGUUCAGUUACUAUCACAUUGACCUCGAGGGCAGGCAGAGCCCCUCGACCUUCACCAGCUGCAGGACCAGCCCUGGACUGGAGAACCAGACGCACUGGGAGCUGUGCCCAUUCACUCUGAUAGAGCUACAUGAUGUGUCUGCUACGGGCACCUACUACUGCCAGGCGCAGUGGUCUUCCAUCACAAAGACAGGCAGCGGGAUCUUUGUCCUGGUCCGAGAUUCUGGAUAUAAAGAACCCCCUGAAGGGCCAAAGAAGCUGCUUCUCCUCACCUUCACUGGCCUCCUGACUGUGCUCAGCAUCCUGGGAACGGGCCUGUUGCUCUGGAAGGCCAAGAAACAGCGGUCAUCUGCCAGGAAGCUGCUGAAGCAGAAAGCCCCAGGCCGAGCGGGGGGCUCCACGGGCGCCAAGCCGGACCAGGCAGGAUCCAUCUACACGGCCCUUCAGCCCCACCAGCCCGAUGCCUACGACUGCCUCCGGGGGGAUGGCGGCCGCCCAGCGCCCCAGGGCCAGCGCCGAGAGGGGCCCGAAGAAUUGAACGCCAUCUACGAGAAUUUCUAG